GUAGAAUGGGACGAGGAGUGAAAGAAAGGGAGAAAGGGCUGGCGAUUUGGUCAGGGGUGCCCAAUAGCACAGCAGAGGGCAGGGCUGGUCAGAGGAAAGACAAGGGCUUCCAGAGAAUAAAUUAAGGCCAGGCGGGCAGAUUGGCCAGUGGUGCUGCUUUCAACUAAGGCUGCUUGACUCUCACUUCACCUGUGUGCAUUUCUGACUGUCCGCUGUCGCCAAGUCUGUCUGUCUGCCAACAUGCUGGUCCGGGCACUCCUGCAGACCUCACUGGUCCUGUGGCUGGUACAGAACACCAUACAAGGAGGAGUUAGGCCACAGGCCGGAGCCCUGGGAAGAUUGGCGAGUCGAGGUCCUGGUAUCGGCGCAAAGACCGGAGUGGCUGGUAUUCUUGGAGCCCGUGGCUAUGGGGCGGGCAGGCCGGGAAAGACAGGUGCAUACAGACCCACUGCGAUCAGAGGAGGCCUGAAACAAGGAUAUGGAACACUCGGUUAUGGAGGAGCCGCAAACCUUGGAACUGGAUUUGGAACCGGCCUUGGGGCUGGCCUUGGAGCUGCCGGGCUGGGACUCGGAGCAGGGUAUGGCCUAGGCAACGGGCUGGGAGCAGCCUUGGGUUAUCCAGCAGGGAAGCUUGGAGGAAGAGGUUAUAUCAGUAAUGGCUAUGGAGCACAGCUUGGUUACGGUGCAGGAGGAUACCCCGGCGCUGGACGCGGUGCUGGGCCUACAGGUGGCCAGCUCGUGUCACAGGGAGAGAGGGCCCAUGGUUAUGGUCACGGAGGGGUCCCUAAUGGACAGGGUGCUAUAACCAAUGGUAAACCUCAUCCCAGAUGUUUCCCCUCAAGACCAGGAGUGACCAAUGGACUGAGGGCUCAAAUUAAGGGCUAUGGUCCACCAGCAGAUAUGUCUAAUGGACAAGGAGUUAUAAACAACGGAGCAGUUUUGCCCAGCAGACAGGGCACCAAGCCAUCCAAUAAGGGGUACGGCCUUGGUGCUGCUGGCUAUCUUGGAGCUGGUUUUUCUGAUGGUUAUGGAGCAGGUCUUGGGGUUGGUGGAUAUCCACAGGGAGUUAGAGCGGGAAAGCAAAUAGGCUACAGCAAUGGAUAUGGCAGUGAUGUUUAUGGCACAGCCGACGGGUACGGGGGAGGACCUGUCUACCCAUCAGUGUUAGCUGAUAAUAUUGGCCUGAAUGGUGCAGCUGGUUUUGGAGCUGGAGGCCUCGGAGGUCCAGGGAUGAUAGUGAACCCCGGCCUGGGUACUGAUGCCAAGUCUAGAAAGUACGGGGCUGGUGGAGUGCUUGGAGCUGCCGGAUCCUUGCCUUACGGAGGCCAGCCUGUGGUCUCAGCUGGACUUGGCCCUCAAGGCAAGACUGGUGGUUAUGGUGGAACUACAUAUGGAGGUAUACCAACCCUCGGGCCAGACACUGGUCUGGGUGGUACAGGUGGAGCAAUGGAGCCUUUAGCAGGUGGAGCUGUAGGCCAGAAUCCUUACAGUGCACCAGUCAUUGCAGCUGGGAUUGAUGGUGAUGCUGGUUAUCCUUUUGGUGCUGAGCAACUCAGUUUGGGCGCUGAUGUUACGAAGACAGCCGCCAAAUAUGGCACAGGCUAUGCAGCAGCGCUUAGCACUGGUGGUCAAGGUUCCUAUGGUGGACAGAAGGAUGGAAGCAAGCUUAGUGGCAUUUAUGGGAAUGGGUACAAAGGUUGAUUUCCUGGGCCAUGCUGUUAACCUCGCCAGUGUUUUUUGGCCCCUUUUCGCCCAGUGUUCCUCACCGUUGUGCAGUUUUGUGACAUGUUUUUGUCUGGCAUAUUGUUUUAGCUUUACUUUGGUGCCCAUUUGUGUGGGCAUGUGUGUUUUGUGUGUAUGUGUGGUUUUGGUGUUUAUUGUUAUGUGGCUUGAUGUUUGUGGAUGUUCCCCCAGUCUGUUUAUUUGUCUUGUCCAGUGGAGUGUUUCAUGUCCUUGUGUGUCUCUGUAUCUUACUAAAACAUGCUAAGCAUUUCA